AUGUUACACCUGCAUGUCGACAGCCUGAAAUGGACCGUCAAGGUUCAUGCCUUGCCAAGGCCUGGAGCAACUGCAGAGGUAUGUCCGGCGUGGUCCCUAGUGCCUAAGAAAUUACGCAGCAAUGGGCGAUGGGUCUCCAAUGGCGAAGACUUGGAGGGUGGGAAUGUGCACUAUAUUUAUGUCUGUACCAAGGAUGCGUGCUAG